CAGAUACAAGGGUAGAGCUACUCUACCCGUCGCAUGGAGCAAACCCUCACUAAGUUGAGGGGCCGCGAAUCCAGGAAUCCACUAUUUUGGUAGCGCGAUUCUUGUGCUUUCUCGUAUAUCGUCGGUUUUGUAGCUGCCCGCCCAUCUUGCCAUGUCAAAGCUGCCAGUCACCGUUGGCCAGAUUCUGAAAGGGAGGAAUGGUCUACACGAAAUUAUCGAGGCCCUGAAAACGAAUACGGUGUUUAAAGCCGCAAUUCUUAGAAGUACUUCCGAAGAAAUACCUCUAGGCGCCCAACAACUUGCUGUGAUCAAGACAGAGACAGAUGAGUCUAUGAAGUAUGUCUUCAACCGUGAGCGAAACAAUUACGAACUCCCGCACAUGGCUUCAUGUAAAACAAUAAGAGCGCUCCGCGAUGUUAUUAGCUUUGACCCCCAAAAACCAUUAGAGCCGCAAUGCAUGGUCUUCGAGUGGAUGGAUCAGGAUCUUCGCAAAGUGCCAUACUCUAGGUUUCGUUCAAAGCCUGAGCUCCCACGUGUGAUCGCAAGGUCAGUCCUAGAAACACUUGCCUUUCUAAAAGAAACGUACGGUGCUUUCCAUUCAGAUAUUAAUCCGAAUAAUAUUCUCUUAUCAAAUGUCGACAGCGCAUGCCCUGUUGUUAAGGUGGGCGAUUUAGGGAGCAUGCUCAGAGAAGGCUACGAUGAUACACGGAUCCAAAGCCUACCGACCCGUGCCCCCGAAGUCUGGCGUGGCCUUGGGUGCUUUCACAGCUCCGACGUCUGGUCCCUCGGCGCUACGGCUCGUCUUCGGCGCCUGCGACAAGAUCAUAGAUAACAACACUGAGGCAUGGUGCAUAGCCAAAAUCAUCCGCCUCGUAGGGUCGAUAUUGC